AUGUCGCCCUCGGAGUCUACAAAAGAAAAGGCAAAGUAUUUUAUAACCAAGCUCUUCGACCUCGACUCGGAUAAAACAGACAAACCACCGGCAACUCCACCCAAGCCAGCGCAGAACUACUAUGGCAGCUAUUCUACGGCACGACCUGAGAAUGAUCUCGCGUAUGGCUUUGGGCAAAUGAAUUUAAACAGCACUCCCCCGAGACCACCAAAUCAAUUCGUGGGCGGUUUCCACCCGAACCAGUUCAAUCCUAGUCCAUUACCCCGUCCUCCUGCUAUGCCGAUGCCUGUUCCGAAUUUUCCUAAUGGCCAGACAUCAAUGACAAUGCAAUACGCGCUGCAGGAGACUUCCGAGCCUCCGAGCUUUCUGGCUCCUCCAGCAUUCACUGGCCGUCCCCAUUCAUUACCUCCCGCUACUCCACAGCAAUCAACAGCAGAUUCUCCCUUCAUCUCUCCUCAGCCCUCUCCAUCUGCGUCUUCGUCACCAUCUCCAUCUGGGCGAACCAAACCUCGACCCCGGCGGUCAAAUUCUGCACCCACCGUAGAGACUUGCGCGGGAUAUACCAAAGCUGGGAAACGAUGCACACGCGAAGUCAAGUCGCGAGGCCCUGCUUUCUCAUAUCGCAUGAAUGGGGACGAUUUUGAUGUCGAUGGUAACUUGAGCAGCGAGGCACCCGUUGAACGAUUCUGCUACCAGCACAUUAAAGACUUCGUCAGUAGUGUUGGCGCUGCGACAGGGUUUUAUGCGCGCAAGUGGAUGGGCGAAGGAAAAGAGCGAGGCGACGAAGUAUGGGUGUCGUUCGCAGACUUUAUUCCUUCGUACCUUUCUCCAGAGACACAGGUCGCCUUACGAGUGGAAAUGGAAAAAGUCCGGUCACCAAAGGAUGUUGAAGGAUACAUCUACACUUUUGAGAUUCGGGACCCGAAUUCGACGCAGAUUCAACUCAAGACAGGAAGAACAACACAUCUUGUGCGACGACUUGAUCAGUGGUCUAAACAAUGCUCCUCGCGAGAGCAUGUACUCCGGGGUUGGUAUCCUGGUGGUGUUGAUCCUGACACUGGUUUACCCGCGACCAGUCUGAUGAAAGGGCGCGUUGAAGCUGGUCAUAAAGGGCCGGCGUGUCAUAGACUGGAGCGCCUCAUUCAUCUGGAGCUUGCAGAUUUAGUAGCUGAGGGCCAAUAUCUCCAACCGGCCUGGAAGAGUUUCAAACGAGGUCAAACAGUUGCUGCAGCCCCAAUCGUUGUGGACAGCGCGCCCUCAACUCCAAACAAGAAACCCGCCGCGGCAUCCCUCGGAUCAGGCCCACCAUGCCCCGAUUGCGGGAAACAGCACAAGGAGAUUUUUACGUUUACGCGUAUCAAGAAGGGCCCCGCUGAAGGGCAAAGAGUGGGAAGGGAUCGUGCAGCCUGUCGUCCAGCGAUGGGCAAGCUUUGUAGAGGAAUACGUAGGAUGAAUGGAUGCCGGGUUCAAUGUCCAAUUGUCUCUUUUGUUGUGCUUACGUCAGCUGUCAUUUACCGCCCUUCAUUCUUUUCGAGCACAAUGGCCAUGCUCAAAGCCUUAUUACGUCUCAAUCAUUACUCCUCUUACUUCCACCACCCACCCACUCACUCUUUCCAUACCGAUAUCAUGCUUACGAAACUCGCCCUACUCUCUGCCUGCUUCCUGGCCGUCAUUCCUCGACCUGCUCGGGGUGCAACAAUUAAUGUCGUCGUCGGGGGCACUGGCACUCUUGCCUACACUCCAAAUCAAGUCACCGCUCAGCCGGGGGACGUAAUUCAGUUCACCUUCAAGCAAAAAAACCAUACUAUCACGCAAAGUUCGCUAGCGAAUCCUUGCUCCCCACUUGCUGGUGGUUUUGACUCUGGAUUUGUUCCUGUCGCCGCCGAUGAAACCGACUUCCCCCUUGCUCAGCUCCGUGUCAAAGACACGAAUCCCAUCUGGAUCUACUGCAAGCAAGCGAAUCAUUGUCAACAAGGCAUGGUAUUCGCAGUCAACGGCGGAGAUAAAUUUGGUGCCUUCGAGGCUGCAGCGAAAGGCCUUAGUCCUCCUGCAUCGUCUGUUGUAUCCUCAUCGACCCCCACAUCCUCCUCUGCUCCUUCCGCUCCCAGCACUCCAAGUUCUUCUCACCAUGUGGUCACCGUUGGCGCUAGUGGCGGCCUGACUUUCUCGCCAGCCAACAUUACCGCUCAGCCAGGGGAUCUUGUUACUUUUACAUUUGCGACCAAGAACCAUACCGUCACGCAGAGCUCUUUUUCCGACCCGUGUCGGCCGAUCUCACAAACGAGUGCUGGCCAGGCUGGCUUCGACUCGGGCUUCAUGUUUGUUGACCCCAGUGCGGCAACCCUUCCGACAUUCACCAUCCAAAUUAACGACACCUCUCCCAUCUGGAUCUAUUGCCGUCAAGCUGGGCACUGCGGCAAGGGGAUGGUGGCCAGCAUAAACUCGGUUGAGACCGGGCCCAAUACUUUCGAUGCCUUCAAGGCGAAGGCCAUCCAACUUAACGGAACUAGUGCAUCCAACUCCAGCCCUGCAGCUCCCUCCCAAUCCAAUGGCGCAGAAAACUUGCUUUCCACCCGCGGUGCGGGUCUGCUACUUACACUUGGGGCCCUCGCUGUCGGGUUGGCUCUAUGA